GAACCUAAUGUAAAUUUUUUUUUUUUUUUUAUCAUGAUACUUUUUGGUACAUGAUAAAUAAUGUAAAUUCACAGGAAUAUUUUUUUCUGUGUGGUUUACUACCAUUUGAGAUUGUUUGGACACGAAAAUCGUCAAGUGCAUCGAUUACAAGCACUUGGGGAUCGAGCUGGAGGAGAAUCCGGCCAAAGUGAAGUCGAUCAACAGUUUAGGCAGGCGUUGGGGAUCACACUGCAGACGCACCGGAUGGACGUAGUGGAGUCUUCGCUUGUGAAGGAGUACGUAAUUACCGGGAUGUUGGCGUAUGUUUUCCAGUUGAAGUUAGGUUUAGAAAAUAUAAUUAUAUUCCUUCCCGCAGGUCACCUUGAGCCUCAUCCAGAACCGCUUCAUCCACAACACGAUGCUGUGCUGCCUGGUUUGCCUGUACACCCGCUGGCCGUCGCCAAACUGCUCGACAGCCAAGGGUGGUGUGUACCAGAUCGCGUUCGAUCUGUCCGAAACACAGUUCAGCAGCAGACGACUCGUCAAUCGUCCCCGCCCAGCGAUCUACAGGUCGACCAAAGAAAGACCCGAACGCCCCCAAGGCCAAGUACAAGAAAGACAAAGCAGCUGUGGCGGCAGCAGCUACGCUACAAACCUUUGCCGCCGCGGCAGCCACUUUUUUCAGCAGCAGGCCCUGCUUCCGUUUGCCGCAGGUCAGCAGCGGUUCACGUUCAUGCCCGUGCCCAAGUACCACGAGCGGGAUAUCCGGACACAGAUGUCCAUGCUGUACAAUUUCCUAACGCGCGGGUUCGACACCGAGGACGUUCAGUACAUCCGCCAAAGCUACGAACUGAUGCUCGGUAAUGACACCGACAUCAAGCAGCACUCGACGGGGUCGGUGCGAACGCAAAGCUUCUGCAAGAUAGACCCGCGGGAAAAGGCCAAAUACAAGUACCUCCAUCUGUGCGGUACGGCAGCCGGAAACCACCUGAAGAACAAUGAAACGGCCAAGGCCGUCACCAAGAUGCAGGGUUUCCGCGAGAUGCCCAAUCGAACCAGCGCCAGCACCGAGCUGCUCAAGUUCCGCAAAAACCAGCUCAAGUUUGCCAAAUCGACAAUCCACGACGAUGGAAUCGAUCGCUGCCGACGAGAUGCUCAUCGAGUAGGUGGGCCAGGUGGUCCGUCCGUCGGUGACGGAUCUGCGCGAGACCAAAUACGAAGCGAUAGGCAUCAGCAGCACGUACCUGUUCCUGAUCGACAUGGAUACCAUCAUCGACGCGACCAAGUGCGACAACCUGGCCCGGUUCCUCAACCACAGUUGCAAUUUCAACUGCUACACCAAGGUCAUCACGAUCGAGUCGGAGAAGAAGAUUGUGAUCUACUCGUAGCAGCCGAUCGGCGUCAACGAGGAGAUCACGUACGAUUACAAGGUCCCGCUCGAGGACGAGAAAAUAUUUCAUUUUAUUGAGUGUGCAAUUCUUGUUAAAUACAGUUAUUUUUUUGUAAGAUGACAAAUAUAAAGUGUUAAUAUUUUAAAGGCUAUACAAAAAAACCUUUCCAAACCCAGCAUUACAAAUUUUUCACCAAAAUUGUACACACUUUUAUAAUUGGCCUAAUCGAUUUGCUCUCAAUCAGCCAGAAUCUUCUCAAUAAUCAAGAUUUUCUAAGACAGGGAAUAAUACCUGCCUCUAACCACUCACUUUAAAAUUAAAAUCACCGUUACCCGCCUCCCCCAUGUCACGAGUCACGACAUCUACGCCCAUGCCGCCACCACCACCAGUGGACUCCCUCGUUGGAGGAGGUGGUUGCUCACUGCUGGGUUCUGUUCUACAGCUGUGAUCGUUGUCGUCGUCAAGGUCAUGCUGUCACCACCGCCCUUACCGCCCUUACGCGUCUUGUGCAUUCCGAAAGCCCAGGCCGAGAUUCUGGUUCAGCAUCAUGUACCGUUGGUGCAGUGGAUCGAGCUGGUUCAUAACUACCCGCCGGACUGUUAGUUGCUAGAAGAACUUGGCGGUUAGCUUGACUACAUGCCCGAGUACAACUGGAAUCCUUGAUGGGCCGGUUUAGGUUGUUGUUGCUAGAGUUUAUGAGCAUGCUGAAGUGCAGUUUGCUGUUGCAGCAGUCCUUGCGGAUUUUGUGACCUCUUUUUGGCUUGUCCACGGAAGGCACUGGAGGUUGACCCAAAGGUACGUUCAUUGGAGAUUUUACUGGGGUUGAUGGUGUUAAUUUCCGCCAUACGCCGCCGCUCCUUCAGGUCUUCGGUAGCGGCCGCCGCGAAGAGGUAGAAUGCUAUGUGAUUAACACAAACUCUUGCUGAAGUUCGCGCCUGGCUUCGCUCGCUGGUGAAUAAACGACGGAUUGUUCCGGAGUUGAAUCAUUACGUCGGAACAGAAAGCGUUGCGUUUGGAUGACAGCUCUGGAAAGGGAAAGAAUUCAUCAUGAAAGGUAAGGUUUAAUUAUUUGUUGAUCGCUAUCGAGAGGAAAAACUUUCAACCGGAUACAACCAAAGUAUUCCUCGGCCCGUGGCAAAAGGUCCAUCAGCUCCUUUUCAAUAGCCAACAUUUUAUAUGAAUCAUUCAUUGAUUCAUGUGAUUGCUUCAACGGCGCCAACAGUUUUGGUUCAUUCCUAGCAUAGGGAAACGGGAUGGAUCCUUUGCGGACAUUCCUUCCUAAAGGAUGCGAUCCGCUUUUUGCUCUACCAGACUCGCUUUUGAUUCGCCGAGACCUGACUCUCUUUCAAACAUUCCACUCGCUCUCGCUUCCUUCGGUACUUGCUCACGGUAGAUUCCGGAAAUGCCCUGGAGGGACACCGCUACCAAGAUCGAACCAAAGUGGAAAUCAUUCCCCGAAGCAACUGCCAUAGAAAUUCCUCCUCGGGAACCAUGACAAUAAACACUGGCUUAUCCGCGAUUAUCGCAAGCAACUCUUCGUAGACCGGGCCGUGCUAGUUCCUUCCGCGAACCUAAUAACGUUCGGAAUCGGCCACAAAAAAAACCAUUCUUUUCUCCGCGACCACGUUUGAUAAAUAGAAUCAAAGCAUAAACAAACAGCUUGAAGUUUCAAAACGUCAAAAUCUGCACUCUCAAAAAAGUUACCAAUAUCUUGUUUAAAAGUUGGAUCGGGUCUGAAAGAUCUGGAGCCGAUCCAAAUCCGCUCCGAAAACCUUAAGUGGCACCCCCCUAGUCCGAAGUCCUUCGAACUUCGGAUAAUCGAAACUUUGGAUAAUCGAGGCUUCGGCUAGUCGAAUUUGGACUGUAAAAUUAAUAG